AUGCCGCUCAUCAAUGGGCAAAAGAUGGCCUGUGAGCCUUGCAUUCGCGGCCAUCGCUCAACAAAGUGUAACCACGCCAAUGACCGACUCAUGGUUCCAGUCCGGAAACCUGGUCGUCCACUCAGCUCAUGCCCUCACCCCGCCUCGCGGCCCUGCUCUUGCGCCGCCGUUACGGCCGCCAUUCCCAAGAAGCAGACUUGCCGCUGCGGUCCCCCUUCUUCCUCACAGCCUGCCGCUCCCGAGACGAUUAAGAAGGAGCCAGAGUCGAAUGGCUCAUCAUUACCAACAAGCCCCACGAGGUCUACACCAACCGCGCCUUUUAGAGUUCAGAAGCCGUCGUCGAAGAGCGCUACCCGUAAACAGUCUGUUGAUGUCGCCGGGCUCGAAAGGAUGGAUGUCAACCAGAUCAAUAUCAUACAAGGCUUUGACCCUUCUCAGCAAGCACCAGUAAACGGGACAAACGGAGUGAAUGGACAUGCGACUAUGAAUGGGAUGGGACCGUACGCCGCCAUGGGCAUGCCCAUGGGAGCCCCCCCCUUUACCAUGUCCGGCAUGUAUCCUAUGAUGCAGCAGCCCAUGGCGCAGCCUUUUACCCCGCAAGUCAAUGGCUCGACGAAUGGGCACAGCGAAACGCCUAACGGUAGCACGGAGCCUACCUCGGGCGGCUGCUGUAGUGGAAAGCAGACACCGCAAAUAUCCUCUGUUGAAAAGAAAGACGGCCGAAGGAAAGACGCCCAGAAGGACAGCGAGCCUCAAGCUUCAGGAAGCUGCUGCUCGUCAAAGACCAACGGCACCAAUACUCCAGCGCUAACGCCCACCGAAUCUACCAACGGACACUUGAACGGAAACGCCAUGCCCAUGUUCCAGCCGCCCAUGAAUAUGGCCAACGGCAUGUAUCCAUUCUUCGCCACGCCAAACAUAUUCACAUACCCUCCUCAAUACGGCUCCUACAUGCAGCCUCUUCAACCAAAGCAAUGGAGACAGGCCAUGAGUAACAUGAACAUGGCUCCCCACCUACAGCAAGCGUACAUGUUUGGUGGCCAACCGGCUGCACCCUACCAACAGGCCGGACCGUCAGACGCAACAUGGACGUCUCACCAGUGCAGCUGCGGCGACUCUUGCCAGUGUGUCGGAUGUGCUGCGCACCCGUACAACGAUGCUACUCAGAGUUACGUUCGCUCUGCCUGGAAUGCCAUGAUGCAGGACUCACAGUCUGCACAAAACGGACACGGCCACACCAACGGCACGCAUUCGCCACCAAAUGGCGCACACGCAAUCACCAAUGGGCAGCUUCCGCAUACUAACGGUAUCACCGCGAUGACCUCAGGAAGUAAGACGGAUGGCGCCAUCUCGCCAACGGCCCCCCAAACUCCGUCGGAUGCCACGUCUGGGCUGGCAGAGGAGCAGGCUCUGUCAGCCAACGACUUUUUCUUCGUCAGCUACCCAUUUAAUGACGGAUGCGAAGGCGAAAUGUCAAGCUGCUGCGCUAUCCACAACAACCCCAGCCCCGAGCUAGGAAAUUGA